UUAGAGGAAGUGAAAACAUUGAACCGGACUGGGCCGGCUAAUGGGAUAAAGGGCUGUCUACCACCUUCACUUUUCCAACAAACAGCCCCCGUCGGCCACCAUGAUUCGCCAUCUCCAACCUCAAACCUUCCUACCCCAAGCUUCCCUCUUUCCAUCUCUAAAACCCUUCAAAAACCCUUACCCUAUCCCCAAAUCAGUCUCCAACUCCCUCAGGCCAACCCUCAGUUCUCCAAAUUACCCCUCACCUUCCGACCACCCAAACACCUCCGCCGACCCCGGCCUCCUCUUCCGCGAAAAGGUCCUCUACUUAGAAACCCACCUCAACGUCGACUCCGAAAAAGCCCUCCACCAAAACCCAGAUUUCGGCUCCUGGCCUCUCUCCUCCCUCAAGUCCGUCGAGGGCUGCCUCUCCUCCAUGGGCAUCGAGCGCUCUGCCCAGGGCCGGAUCCUCGACAUGUACCCGCAGCUCCUCACUGUGGACCCGCACUCCGCCCUCUACCCAAUCUUCGAUUUCCUUCUCACCGAGGUCCGAAUCCCUUUCCCGGAUAUCCGGAAGUCGAUAAUCAGGUGCCCGAGGCUUCUAGUCUCCGACUUGGACAGCCAAUUGCGACCCGCAUUGAAGUUUCUGACCGAAUUGGGGUUUUCGGGUCGGAGCUCCAUCACGUGCCAGACGACAGUGCUGCUGGUUUCGAGCGUGGAAUUUACCCUUUUGCCCAAAAUCGAGUAUUUACAGAACUUGGGGCUGAGCUACGAGGAGGUGGUGAACAUGGUGAUAAGGUCGCCGGGGCUGUUGACUUUCAGCAUAAACAACAAUUACAAGCCCAAAGUUGACUUUUUUCUGGAGGAGAUGAAGAGGGACGUGGCGGAACUGAAGAGGUUUCCGCAGUACUUUUCGUUUAGUUUGGAGGGGAAGAUUAAGCCAAGGCACCGGUUGCUGGUGGAGCACGGCUUUUCACUGCCGCUGCGGGAGAUGCUGAAGGUCAGUGAUGGCGAGUUCAAUGCCCGGCUGAUUGAGAUGCGGUUGGGAUCCGCCGAGGGCAGCUGGGUGUAAUAUCGCAGCUUUCCGCAGUAUGUUUUCUCAGCUGUCAAAUGUAAAAACUGCGUUCGGUUGACAGGACCGAACGGGUAGGCCAUCUUCAAUCGACGGAGGCCAAAAGGUUUCCUUUCGCCCUAUGGUUUUGGAAUAAAUUCUAUUUUAAUCAA